AGAGUCCGAGAGCGGAAGUCAUUGGCGACAGCGAAAGGUUCACGUUACUUGCAGGAACACUAAAGAAAGGAGGAAAAGCGGGUAGCGGGAUAUCACCACUGAAUUUAUUGAGAAAAGGUGUCACACAAUCUCCAGACGCUGGUAUCUCAGUAUUCAUCCUCCCCCCCUCGAAGCCCCCGGCGAAGUUCAUCGUGGAAUGUGCUGGCGGCAGUGACUGGUUCAGCGGCAGUGGUGCCAACAGCCGUCGUCCCAUGAGUUUUCCUUUGGCCUGAGCUGUCUGCUUUGGGCUCCGGCCUAGUUCAUCUGGAUAUCUGUGCCUCCGGCGCCGCAGUCAUGGAUCACCCCAGAGAGAAGGAGGCCGAUAGGCCGGUGAGGAGCAGUAAAGUGCCCCAGGGGCGCAGCGGGCACUCGCGGCCCUCAAGCUCCUCUGCGUCCUCUGGGGUCCUCAUGGUGGGGCCAAAUUUCAGAGUUGGCAAGAAGAUCGGCUGUGGCAACUUUGGAGAGCUGAAGCUCGGAAAAAAUCUCUAUACCAAUGAGUACGUUGCAAUAAAGUUGGAACCUGUGAAAUCGAGGGCCCCACAACUACAUUUGGAGUACCGGUUCUAUAAAACAUUAGGCAGUGCAGAUGGUCUGCCUCAGGUCUUCUAUUUCGGGCCCUGUGGGAAAUACAAUGCCAUGGUUUUGGAGCUGCUCGGCCCCAGUCUUGAGGAUCUCUUUGACCUGUGCGACCGAACAUUCUCCCUCAAGACCGUCCUGAUGAUAGCCAUUCAGCUGAUUUCCCGAAUGGAGUACGUGCAUUCAAAAAACCUCAUCUAUCGGGAUGUGAAGCCAGAAAACUUCCUCAUCGGGCGGCAAGGAAACAAGAAGGAGCACAUCAUCCACAUCAUAGACUUUGGCCUUGCGAAAGAAUACAUUGACCCAGAAACCAAAAAACACAUUCCUUACCGGGAGCACAAGAGCCUUACCGGCACAGCUCGAUACAUGUCUAUUAAUACACACUUAGGGAAAGAACAAAGUCGAAGGGAUGACCUUGAGGCCUUGGGUCACAUGUUCAUGUAUUUCCUGCGGGGAAGUCUCCCUUGGCAGGGUCUAAAAGCUGACACACUGAAAGAACGCUAUCAGAAGAUUGGGGACACGAAGCGAAACACUCCCAUUGAAGUUCUCUGUGAGAACUUUCCUGAGGAGAUGGCCACCUAUCUGCGCUACGUCCGGCGGUUGGAUUUCUUUGAGAAGCCAGAUUACGAUUACUUGCGGAACUUAUUUACAGAGUUGUUUGACCGAAAAGGAUACGCCUUCGAUUACUCUUAUGAUUGGGUUGGCAGACAGAUUCCCACACCUGUUGGGACGGUUCAUGUGGACUCGGGGGCAUCUGCCAUCACACGCGAGAGCCACGCACACCGGGACAGACCCUCUCAGCACCAACCCUUGAGGAAUCAGACGGCCAUCUCCGACCGCAGAGGAGCAUGGGAGGUGCAGCCCAACCGCCAGACAAACUCCUCGUACCUGACCUCGCACCUGGCAGCGGACAGGCACGGGGGCUCAGUGCAGGUGGUGAGCUCAACUAAUGGUGAACUGAAUGCAGAUGACCCGCUGGCGGCCCACUCGAACGCACCAAUCACAGCGCAGGCAGAGGUGGAGGUGGUGGAUGAGGCCAACUGCGUGAAAAUGCUCAACCUGUGGUGCUGCUGUUUCUUCAAGAGGAAGAGGAAGAAGAACACGCCACGCCACAAAUGAACCUCCGGCCACUCAGCGCAGUCCGUUUCCUUUGGUUGUUUUUAGAGCGUUCAAAUAAAGAAAUUUUACAAGACUACGACGGCAGGCGUCCCCCAAACCAGUAGGGGGAGCGCAGUGUAUGAAAACGAAAGAGAGGCAUGCGCACUGUUGUCUCGGUGGGGAUUGUCUUUUGUUUGUUUCUUUAUUUUUGUUUCUUCUUCCACGUCUUGAUUUAGGCAGCGACGGGUCUCGUCCUAGAACUGUCUCUCGGAUCUUCACUCCCAAACCUUAGGAUCUCCAAGCACUGGAACAGCACCGCACUUGACUUGCUGUUUUGCUUUUUUUUUCUUGCGUUCACCUCGCCUUCGGCAGUGGAGGAAGUCUAUGAAUGUGUCCUCUUCCUCCACGACAGACCCAGUUGUGUGACAUGGUGGGAGGAAGAGAGUCAAAUUCAGCCACGCCGGAGCUCGAACUGCAGACCUGUUCUCCUCUAGCACCUCGUGGGCCCCUUUUUUCCGCAAGAAACGAGACGCUGACUUUCUUUUAUUUCACUUUACCCCUAUUUUUAAAAUGUUUGUUUGUGUAUUUGUUGGUUCUCACGCUGCCAGGAUGUGGUGGAAGCCUUAGAAUAUGACUAGCCGAUUUCUUCGUCGUAUCUAUCGGAGUGAUUUAACGUACACGGGCAAAGCGCAAACACAAAUAACUGUCGUACCGAUCGCUAGCUGGCCUUUAAACGUGAACUUGUGUGACAGUGUGACAUAAGCAGCUGUUUCCAGUGGACGGCACUCGCCACGCACCGCCGACGCUCCACUGACUAGUAUUUAAAGCUGCUUGUUCUAAAGCACUCCUCCCACUUAACAACCCACCAGCCAGUCAUGCUGCUUUCUUCUCCUCUUACGAUAUAUUGUAUCGCUUUUGACGUACAGCUGGCUGCUUUUCUAUUGGCUGAGGUGGCCAGUACGACUUUCCUUCUGCGCUUUUUGUAUCUUUCUGUCCGUAUAGUCACUUAUUAUUCCCACGACCAGUUCCUGAUAGGUGUUGCUUUUCUUUUCAUGCCUGCUAAAUAUUCAGGACGAAAGUACGUAUGUGCUAAAUAAACACGAAAGGUGUCGCAGAUGAUGUAACAAUCGGCCGGCUGUUGUUUUCUCGAUGAAAUCAGUGUGAUAACGUGGAUUUUGGGAGGAUGCAGACUUGUGGUAGUGACUGCCACCGCGAAACAUCUCGAUCUAAUGCCUUAAUACACUACUCGGCGAAGUCGACCCGCGUGGGCUUCCACAAUAGGACAUUACGAAGUUCCUCCCAUGCCUUCAUAUUCAUGCUGAAUAGAUACCCAUCUCGUUCCCAAAAUGAAUCGUGUGUAAACGAUGGCAGACCUAUUGAAACGGGCCAUUUGUAAAUGCUCAUGGGAAUAUUAUAACUAUUAUUAUUGUGGCCAUAAGCGAUUCUGAGACAGGGCAGCCUUUGAUCUCUUGCAUGGAUGAGGCGGUCCUUUCCCGAGCGCAAUCUAUAAUGACAGGAAUUACGUAUAAUGGGGUUAUAUGCGAAACGGUUAUGUAGUUCUGUUGUCGUCGUCGUUUUUUUUUUUUUUACUUUAAUCGCUAAUCUAAGUCGUGACGUUGCCUUGCUCAUCUUUUUGCGUUUCACCGUUCACCUGUUCACAGCAUUAAAUCCAUGUGUUUUAUUUUUGUGUGCUCUUUCUAAUGUAUAGUAAAUGUGAAUUAAUGUAAGAUAAAUUAUAUAACUAUUUUAAUUUUAUUUUGAUCACCGUACAAAACGUUGAGAGAGAAGCCAUAGGAGUGUGACUGCACUAAAGUUUCGUUUAGGCCCUUGUUUACUUCAGCCUGCACGUUACUGUAUUCCGCUGACCUCGUCUUACAUAAGGAACAGAGGCUGUUUGAAGAAUCGACCAUGCCUUGGUUUCAUUUGGUAAUCAUUCUUGAGGGCUUUCGGAUGACGUGCUUUGAAUGUUCCUUUAAUGACAGUGGACCGCGUUGGACCAAAUGGGCACAAAUUCUUCGUUAGCAUGAUUCCACCUCUUAACUCAUCCACUAGUUUAUACGUGUAAAUAGUAACUUGUUAAGCUCUGACUGACCCAUUCCGUUUUGGAUCCACCUUGUGGAGCUGUAUUGGGAUGAGUGUUGCGUUUAAAUACGGCAUCUCCAGUUAGCGGUUAUUGGAGAAUCAACCAACGCAUAUGAAACUUUCCAAUGUGAUGAUGGUUGGCUAUUUAAUGGAUUUUCCUUCUGCUUUUUCCACUGUGAUGCAGGUCACUUUGGGUCUAAAUUAUUCUGUGAAAAGUACUUGAAUGAUACUCGUGGAACUCCGCCUCUCGCAAGCGCGUCGAGGUGGCUUUUUUUAUUUAACGUUCUUCUCUUAACAAUAUGUAUUAUGUGCCUCGCUAGAGUUGGAAGACAAUUUAGUAUUUCUGGAUGUGCACUGCUUGCUAUCGCCAGGUGCGUCUGGCUUUAUGGAGAAUUGCAGGAUAACUCCUUUAACCCCUUAAUUCAUAUUGACUCCAAAGUGGGAGCCCUUGGCUCGUUACGGAGCCACUUGGAAUUGCUUUUUUUUUUUUUUCUUCCGUUUGUUCGGAUAUAAGCGGAAUGUGAAAUUGUUUAGCUUUGGAUCUAUGGACUGUGCGGAUGUACUUUGGGAUUACAAGCAGACGUAAAUUAAGGCGCCAUCUGCUGGUAGACUCGUCCAUUUAAGACACUACAUUAGACACUGAAAUCAUUCUCGAUAUGCUAUUGGAAGUGGUUUGAUUCGGGAUGGCUAGAACAGACGUUAUUUCUGGAAUCUUGGUUAAUGCGAUCAAUCGUAAUGACUACUGGCUCUCUUGUCAACUGCAAGGUGAUGACGUCAAACCAUCUUUCAUCUUUAAGUUCCCCAUUUUUGUUUGCUUUUUUAAGGAUUGUACCAUUUGCGAUUUUUGUUUUAAUAAAGAUGGUAUAUCCGUACAAGUAUGAGGUUUAAAUAUACCACGGUUCCAUUUCUAGUUGGUUUCCUCAAAGUCGAAGUCAUUCGGGAUGCAUUCUGGGUCAUUCGGAAGGGUGUUUGCAUACCAUUACGAUUCCUUUUGAAUUGCCUUUGCUUUUUAUUUUUAUUUAAUAUGAAUAUAUAUAUCAUGGUUCUGGUCACUUUACUGUGCUGCAGAUUUAAAUACAAAGAGGUAAAUAAGAGUUAUUCUCCUACUAAAAUUGAAGUUAGUGACAUUAAUGCAGAUUUUAUGUGCAUGGCUUUUGAUUCCGAAAGCAAUGGGAACUACUUGUGAAUGGGGCACUGAAGAACAUUGUGGGCAUGAAGUUGAUACACUGUUAUUCUGUGGCUGCAUAAUGCCUUAAACAUGCUACUGCAAGUCUGACCCCUCUGUACGCUUGAGUUCAGCAGGUAAAUGUCCACUAUUUUGCCGCUGUAUACUGUAUUACCCUUCCAUUGUGUCUGCUACAUAGCUCCCCCCCCUCCCCUCUCGAUCUUUCAAAACAAUUGUAAUCAUUCCUGUCUCAACUUUUGAGUUAAUUUGGGAACUUGUUGAACUUUUUUUUUGUUGUUGUUGGUGUUGCUUUUUUAAUGAACAGAUCAAUCUGGUUAAACUGCUCUUUUUUUUUUUAAUGACCUCGGAAUGAUUAUAUUACAAGAGUCUGGUAGGAAAGCACUGCAAUAUUUCUCUUUUUCACGUUUUUUUGUAGUGUUCAUUUCUGUAAGGAUGUUUCAGUACUUCAGGCUUAUUAAAAACUAAAUUGUACAGUUCUGCAGGAGUCAUUCUCUUGUUCUGGUCAUACUUACAAGAAAAAAAGAUACUUUAAAUUUCAUUGUAUUAUGAAUUUAUUGUGUUGAAAAAUGAAUGUUGCUUCAAUGUACUUCGAUGAUUUUACUUUGUCAAGGGCUUCAACUGUGAUGGACCCAUUUUGUUUCUCUCUCUCUUUCUCUUCUCUCUCUCUCUCUCUCUCUCUCUCUCUCUCUCAACCUCUAAAUAUAUUUUGUUUUUAAUUUGGAGAAAGAUUAAGGCCUUAAUCUUAAUCUUAUUUAAAAUGCCUAUUUUCCUGAGGAGUCAUAUAAAAUUCCAUACAUAACCUUUCGAAUUAAAUUUUUAUUCCCUCCACUCUUAAAGGGAAACUCAAGUUUGCACCCUUUUUUAUGUAAAAUAAAAGAAAAUGUCUCUUAAACUC